AUGGCGACGUCCCCUAAACGGUGGGCGCUGGAAGCCACGAGGGAGAAAGUGCUGCGCUACGAGGCCUUCAUCUGUGACGUGCUACAGCAGGACCUGCGAAAAGUGCUGGACCAUCGCGACAAGGUAUAUGAGCAGCUGGCCAAAUACCUCCAACUGAGAAAUGUCAUUGAGCAACUUCAGGAAGCUAAGCCCUCAGAGUUAUAUAUGCAGGUGGAUUUGGGCUGUAACUUCUUCUUUGACACAGUUGUCUCAGUCACUUCACGAAUCUAUGUGGCCCUUGGAUUUCCAGCAAAAUAA